AUGGCGGGCAAAACAGGAGCUGGUGACGAACUGCCCUAUGAGACGAGCGAGGUGUUCCAGUGCGAUGGCUGCUCCCUCACCUCGUCGCCCCAGUGCCGCACCGAUGCGAAGAUGGACAAGAUCCAGAUCUGCACGUGGGGGAAGACGAAGAGGGUAAACAAGAGAGGAUCCGCUUCAAAAAACUGGAAUAUCACGAAGAUCAGCCUCGUCGGGAAGAAAUUCAAGGAGGAGAAAGGUAACGGGCGGAAGUGGAAGGCUGGCUACAAAGAGUACGUGAACCUGCGGGCAGGCGGAACCAGCCGGGUCAGAAAGAUGAAGAACAUCGUUUCCAAGGUUGUCAGAGGCGUGGCCGUGGUGAAGGGCCGCAAGGGGGUGUGCAAGAUCAAGUCGGGCAGGAGGGUCACUAACAAGUCUGCGGAGAUUCGCGACUCUGGCGACAUGGUGCUCGACGCCGAGCAGCAGGAGGAGGCUGCUAAUGAAGUGGCGGAGGAGAUGAACGCCGAGGCUGACCACCGCGGCGCCCUCACCCUCGAGGAGACUCAGGCUCGCGCGGAGGCCCAGAGGGCUGCCGCGCUGGAGGUCCAGCAGGGGGCCUUCCCUGACACCGCCGACGGGGGCAAGGCAUCGUCGGACAGCGAGGGCAGCGACGACAGCGACGACAGUUCUGAGGAGGGCGACGACAGCAGCGACGAGGAUUCCGACCGCCCGCCCAAGAAAAAAGCGAAGCAGAAUGCAAGUGGGGGAAGCCGCAAGGCCCCCGCCGCAGCCAGCGCGGCGGCCUCCGUGGCCGCUGACGGUGAGUUUGAGGUGGAGUUUCACACGCCCACCCCGAAGAAGCCAAUGGGCAGCCGCGUUGCCUCGGUGGCAUCAGGUUCACUUGGCCCUGUGAAGAAGAUGAAGAAGGACUCUUCCGAAUUGACGGGCGGCCACCAGAAGACGCUGGAGGACUUGUCGAACCUCUUCGAGCAGAUCCCGACCAAGCUGACGAACGGGGACUUCGACGAUACGAAUGGCAGGGCACUGCAGCGCAUGGUGGGCGAUUGGCACACGACGAAGCGCAGCGGCCAGGCAGCUGUGAACCAUUUGCUGAAGCAGACUGAUGAUGAGGAGCGUCGGCGCGUGUUGUCCCGUUUUCGGAACGCCUCUGACAACAUCGACCCCGUCGCGGGUUACCUGAGGGUCUUCAACUUGCCGGGGCAGGCGAAGGCGACCUUCCAGUCUAUGCACACCGAGUGGACCAACAUCAAGAAGCUGACCCAGCCCCCCGCGAGGGGUGCCACGGCCAUGUUGCAGAAGCUGAGCAAGGAGAAGACUGACGCGACGCCGUCGGCCAUCUCCGAGAUCCUGGACAUCAUGAGCCCGACCCCUAAAACCGACCAGGUCACCACCCAUGUGGUUCGCGCGGCUGACAGGGCGGCUCUUCACCAGGAUAUCAUCGCCAACCUGAUUGGACAGAUUUUCAAGCGGCGCCCAUUCGACGCGAGGAAGGACGCGGAGAACGCAGAGAAGGUCAGGUUCGAGAUCGAGACGGAGAUGACCGAGCUGCUCGGGAAGAUCAACGAUGUGGCCUUCGCGAAUGCCUUGGGGCCCCAGAUCAUCCAGACCCUCCAGCAGAUUCUCGCCGUGGUCCACUACGCUGAGGAGAGCGGCGCGCAGCUGAGGAUCGCCCUGGGCGCGUGGUCCAACAAGGCGCCGGACGGCAUCCUGGCCCAGGCGGCGCACAGCAAGGUCCGGGGCGCGUUCUUGAAGGACGCUGCGGAAUACUUGGCAG